UGUCAGUGUGUCCGUGUGUGUGUCAGUGAGCGUGGUCGUGUUCUGUGGGUGACCCACGUUGUGGCGUUGAGAAGGCGAGUGAAGGAGGGAGAGGCGCUCUUUGGUCCCGUGUAUGCUGUAGGCAAGUCCAGGCCAAGACUUCGUUCGAUUGUCCGUAGAUUCCACGUCCCAAUCCACACGGUGAGCCGCACUCAAGAUGGCGGAUGAUUACGAUUUUUCCUCGGGCGAUGCGGGUUCCUCGUCCACGUUCCCCAUGCAAUGCUCGGCUUUGCGCAAGAACGGCCACGUCAUGAUCAAGAAUCGUCCCUGCAAGAUCGUGGAGAUGUCCACCUCCAAGACGGGCAAGCACGGACACGCCAAGGUGCACAUGGUGGGCUUGGACAUCUUCUCCAACCGGAAGUACGAGGACAUCUGUCCCUCCACCCACAACAUGGACGUGCCCAAUAUUACUCGUCGAGACUAUCAGUUACUGGAUGUGUCCGAUGACGAUUACUUGUCCUUGAUGGACGACGGCGGCAACACCCGCGAUGACUUGAAGGUGCCCGACGGCGAUAUCGGGGCCGAAAUCCGCAGCUCCAUUGAGGAGGGCCGAGAUAUCUUAUGCACCGUGCUGAUGGCCUGCGGUGAGGAAGCCGUGGUGGCCACCAAAACCAAUACUGCCGUGGAUAAAUAAAUGUCCACGCCCACCACCCCCACACCCGAACACCAACCAGAAAAAAAGGACCCCAUCCUCCUUCUCCUCACGCGAAAUCGAAAAGAAAACGCCCCGUCUUCUCUCGUUGGCCGUGGAGGCGGUCUGGCCUUCCAGCGUCCAGGGGGAACCCUCCCGUUUUUCUUGGCCGGAAAGGUUCCAUAAAAAUAUAGAUAUUUUCCAAACUCC